AUGUCGGAUUCGGAGGGUAGCGUGGAGAGCGUCCACGGCUCGGAGAAGUCGGAAACGCGGGAGGAAAUCAUGGUGCCGUUGCCAAAUCGGCAGAAUCCGAGUGGCGACAAGCUCGAGGAAUUCGAGAAGCUGCUUCAAUCGAUGAUGGAGUCCCGUUCACCCUCGCAGGAGGCGGAGGAGCCUGACGAGAACGAGAGUGAAAGGAAGAUAGAGAUGGCCGCGCCGGACGGUCCGGCGGACUUCCGGCUGGAGUACAUCGGAGGUUUCGUGCAGAAGUCGCUGAAACUGAAGCCGGAAAAAUGGGCCAGGCUGCUGCUCACCGAGGAGUACCGGAACGCUGUGAUGGACUUUCUGGAUAAUCCGGUGCCCGCGGCGCUUUUCGUUGUCCUGACGCCGAACGCGCAGCUAGUCGCGUCCUGCUCGUUCCCCAUACCCUGCCAGAGGACCAAGGGUAUCUACGCGGUGAAGAUCAAGCAGAUACCAUUGCCGCGAGAAAAGGACGCUUGCUCCUCGAUGUUGAUCGUCGGCGAUCUAUCGUCCCGCGUCGUAGACCAGCUGGCCACUCUGGUCGACAGCGUGUUCGCUCCUCUGCUAAGAAAACGGGAGAACCACAGAGAUCUGCCCGAGGUGGCGGUCCAAGACAUCUGCAGACACGUUCAUGCUCUCCGAGGCACUUUGUAUCAAGUGAAAGGGCAGGUGAACGGUAGGACAGUCCUCCCGAUGCCAGCUGGAAUGGAGAUGGUGACCGACGUGGAGAAGCAAGUCCGAGCUGAGGGGCCCCAGUCGGUCGAUCUGUACUUGAAGAGCGCCAUCGAGGGCGUCGUGAUAAAGUGGGCGUAUUUGGUGAACGACGUCGUCACCCAGGAGUCGGGCGCGGCCUUCGAAAACGGCCAGAAUCCAACUCCUGACAUUGAAUUGGAGUACUGGGCCGCUAGAUUAGCAAAUUUGAGGUACAUCUACGAUCAGCUGCAAGAGGACCGCGUGAAGAAGAUGGCGAGCAUCCUGGAGCUCACCGAUAGCGCGUACUAUCCCUGCUUCCGCACGCUCUUCGACAACGUGGUGUCCUCUAUGGCCGAGGCGAAGGAGAUCUCCUUGUAUCUGUCGCCUCUGGCCAGGUGCUUUAAAGCGGUCGAGGAGGUCGAGUUCUCGGAGGCGAAGCCGCUGAUGGCCACGCUGAUACAUUCGCUCGGAUUGGCCUGGUCGAAGUCGAGCCACUAUCAGAGCUCGUCGAAGGUGAUCAUCAUGCUCCGGCAGAUCUGCAACCUGUUGAUACAGGAGGCUCGCCGAUUCCUCGACCCGUCGUCCAUCUUCCAGAGCGACGUGGACGAGGCGCUGCAGCGCGUCCAGAUGUCGAGAGGGGUUCUCGAGGAAUUCCGCCGGCAGUUCGAGCUGCGGAAGAACAUGCCGGCCUUGAAGCCGAACGCUCCGCCGUGGACCUUCAAUUCCAGCGCAGUUUUCCAACGUUUGGACGCAUUUCUGAGAAGGCUCGCCGAUAUAGAGUGGCUCUUCAACACAGUCAUGGAGUUCUCGAAACUGGAGAAGAUAGAGAUCGGUGGGAUACUCGGCCGAUCCCUCAGCAGCAGGAUCAUCAACGUCUACAAGGAGUUCCAGCAGCUUUUCGUCUCCUUCACCGUGAGAGCCAACGACGCCUUGGAACCCGACGACGAAUGUUUCUCCGUCGAUUGUCAGAAAUUCAACAAGGCGAUCACCGAUCUCGACAGCAAGCUCGCCGCCAUACUCUGCCAGGCAUUCGACGACUGCGGGAAUUUGGAGAGCGUGUUCAAGCUGAUUAAUAUCGCCGGAUCCGUGCUCGACAGGCCAGUGAUAAGCAAGCAGUUCACGGAUCGCUACACCAGGAUUUUGGACCUCCUAAAUGUCGAGCUGACGGUGGUCGAAGUGCUGUUCAAUCGCGGCACCAGAGGCGCGCUAAUUAAUCUUCCGCCGCUUGCGGCGGCUCUCACGUUCACCAGCAUGCUGCGGCAACGCAUUGACCUGCCAGUCCAAUCUUUCAAGACUAUUCAACACCCGAUGGUAACGAGCGAGGAGGGCCGGAGCAUAGAGCGGCGCUACGAGAGGCUGAUCAGGAUCUUCGGCGAGAAGGACGACGAGCUGUUCACGGAAUGGGCGCGAACCGUGCCGGAGACCGUGGACAUCGGCCUGAAUCGCAACAUUCUGGCGCGCGAGAAAGACUCGACCUUGCUCCUGAACUUCGACCCAGAACUCCUCGCCGUGCUGAAAGAAGUCAACUACCUGAAGCAGAUGUCUCGCUCGGACAUCCCCGACGAGGCUGUGAAGGUGUCCGAAGACGUGGAGACCUUCCGGAAGUUCCGGACGCUGCUGGGCGCGACGGUGGACUCGUACAACAGCGUUCGAAAGACGACCACUCGGGUCGAGUUCCAGCUGAUCGAGAACGAGAUCACGAGGAUCGAUUCGUUGGUGUCCCGAGGUGAGAACGAGCUGUGCUGGAGGUCGGCCGGCGUGUUGGAGUACAUCGUGGAGCUCGGCGAGCUGGUCGAGGGCCUCUGGAGGCGGAUCAAGUCCGCACAGACGAACGUCGGCAAGAUCAAAGCGAUCCUCGAGCCCUGGACCAGGACGCCGCUGAUCGAGAGAAAGGACCGGCGCAAGGACGCUUUAUUGUCGUUCGAAGAGCGGCCCGAGAAGGUAUCGAAACGGUACGCGGAGAUCGAGAGAGCGGCCGAGCAGAUCCACUCGUUGGUGAAAGAGAACAAGACGCUCUUCCAAGUCUGCGACGAGAUCGAGGAGCCCUGGCGCAGAUACGUCGAGUACGUCGACGGCAUUGUUACGGAGUCCCUUCGGAGGGCUUUGGGCUGCUCGUUAGGGUACUUGGUGGAGAACAUGGACUCCGUCGGACAGGGAGAGCCUUUGCUCGAAGCGAAGCUCGAGCUCAGAGAGCCUGAUCUUUAUUAUGUUCCCUCGCUGGAGCCAGACGAUCCCGACGGGCUCGAUCAAUUGAUCCUACGUUUGCUGGACGAUAUCAUUGGAAUGGCCGCGCUGCUUCCCAGGCUGAAGGAGGACGCCGCGGGAUACACCGAGGAGCUCGAGGAGGACUCCGACAUCAAGGGGAUGAAGAACGAAAUUUUGAAUAACGUCGCCACUGCUGUCGAGGAUGCCACCGAGUUCUGCAGCAACUUCGAAGGGUACGCCUAUCUCUGGUUGGACGACAGGGACAUGGUGAUGCAACAGUUCCUCGAGUAUAGCCGACAAUUGACGAUAGAGGAAAUGGAGAUGGUGGCUGUCCAAGAUCCCAAGGGGCCGGCGCGGUCGCCGCCGAAAAUGGAGCAAUUCCGCGAGCAAAUCGACCUUUACGAGGGCCUCUAUCUCGAGAUCGAGGAAAUGGAAGCGUCGAAAGUGUUUUGCGGCUGGUUCAGGGUAGACCUGAGACCCUUUAGACAGUCGGUGCUGAACAUGGUCUGCAAAUGGUCUAGCAUGUUCAAGAGACAUCUGGUCGAUCGCGUCACCAGCAGCCUCUCGGAUUUGGGAUCGUUCAUCAGGAGAGCAGACGAGGGUCUGCUCCAGCCAAUCCAGCCGGGCGACUACGUCGGCCUAGUCAGCGUGAUGGGGUAUCUUCUGCAAGUGAAAGAGAGACAGCCGACCACCGACGAGAUGUUCCAGCCGCUCGAGGAGACGAUCGAGCUGCUCAAGUUUUACGACCAGGACAUCCCGGAGGAGGUGAACGUCCUCCUGCAAGAGCUGCCGGAACAAUGGGCCAACACGAAGAAGCUCGCCCUCAUGGUGAAGCAGCAAGUGGCCCCAUUGCAGGCCGGCGAGGUGUCCAGAAUCAGAGGCCGAAUCUCCGCGUUCGACACAACGAUAACGCACUAUCGCGAGGCAUUUCGCCGCUACAACUUCUUCAAGUACGAGUGCCAGAACCCUUACGAGCUACUGGACGAGGGCCACCGGGAGAUCCUGAUGCUGGAGACGCAGAUGAAGGACAUCCAGGAGUCUGCGUCGCUGUUCGAGGUAAUCGUGCCAGAGUUCAAGGUGCUGAGGCAGUGUAGGAAGGAGCUGAGGAUGCUGAAGCAGCUCUGGGACUACGUGAACAUCGUGAGGAGCAGCAUAGAGGGUUGGAAAACGACGCCGUGGCGGAAGAUCGACGUGGAGAACAUGGACAUCGAGUGCAAGAAGUUUGCCAAGGAGAUCAGAGCUUUGGACAAGGAGAUGAGACUGUGGGACGCUUACGUGUCCCUGGAGGCGACGGUGAAGAACAUGCUGACUUCCCUAAGGGCUGUCGGGGAGCUCCAGAACCCUGCAAUUCGGGAACGACACUGGAGACAGCUGAUGAAUAGCACUAAGAAGCUGGGCGACAUGACUCCAGAAAUGACCGUUCGAUUCGUGAUGGACGAGUCGACGACCUUGGCGGACUUGUUGGAGCUGAACCUCCACGACUGCGAGGAGGAGGUGAAGAACAUCGUGGACAAGGCUGUAAAAGAGAUGUCCAUGGAACGAUACAUGCGGGAGCUGAACACCACGUGGUCCAAAAUGGAGUUCGAGAAGGAAACGCACGCCAGAACCGGCGCCACCUUGAUCAGGGCAAGCGAAGAACUCAUAGAGACCCUGGAAGAGAACCAGGUGCAAUUGCAAAACCUCAUCACCUCGAAGUUCAUCGCCCACUUCUUAGGCGAGGUAUCUAGCUGGCAGAAGAAGCUCAGCAUCGCGGAUCAAGUGACCACAGUUUGGUUCGAGGUUCAGCGGACCUGGAUGCACCUGGAGAGCAUUUUCACCUCCUCGGAGGAUAUUCGUAGGCAGCUGCCGGUAGACGCGGAGAGAUUCGACAGGAUAGACAAAGAGUUCAAGCUGAUGACGGAAGAGAUGGCGAAGACGCCCAACGUGGUCGAGGCUACCAACAAAGAGGGCCUGGCGUCGGCUCUGGACAUCCUGCAGAAGGAGCUGGUUCUAUGCGAGAAGGCCCUGGCAGAGUACUUGGAAACGAAGCGUCUUGCUUUCCCUAGGUUCUACUUCGUUUCGUCCAGCGACUUGUUGGACAUCCUGUCGAACGGCAAUCAGCCUGAAGUGGUGGCCAAGCAUCUGACGAAGCUGUUCGAUUCCAUGGCUCGCUUGGAGUUCGACGACAGCGCCGACAAUCUGCCCAGACGCGUACUGGGGAUGUUCGCGAAGGACGGCGAGUACGUAGAAUUCGCGAACUGCGAGAUGACUUGCGAGGGGGCUGUGGAGGCGUGGCUGAACGGCCUCCAGAGGGCCAUGAGGGUGACCAUAAGGCACUACUUCAGCGAGGCGGUGGUUGCCUACGAGGAGAAGCCGCGGGAACAAUGGCUGUUCGACUAUCCGGCUCAGGUGUCUCUGUGCGGCACGCAAAUCUGGUGGACCACCGAGGUGAACAUCGCGUUCUCCAGGCUGGAGGAGGGCUACGACAACUCGCUGAAGGACUAUCUGAAGAAACAGAUCUCCCAGCUGAGCAUCCUGAUCGCGCUGCUGAUCGGAGAACUGACGAAGCAGGAGAGACAGAAGGUGAUGACGAUCUGCACGAUCGACGUGCACUCGAGGGACGUGGUCGCCAAGCUGGUGCAGUCGAAGGUGGAGACCUCGCAGGCCUUCCAAUGGCAAAGUCAACUGCGACACCGGUGGGACGAGAAGGAGAAGGAUUGCUUCGCCAAUAUUUGCGAUGCCCAGUUCAAAUAUUCGCACGAGUACCUGGGAAACACUCCCAGGUUGGUCAUAACGCCCUUGACGGACAGGUGCUACAUCACCCUGACGCAGUCCCUUCACCUGGUGAUGGGAGGUGGCCCGGCAGGACCAGCCGGCACGGGGAAAACCGAGACAACGAAGGAUCUGGGCCGAGCAUUGGGCAUAAUGGUCUACGUGUUCAACUGUUCGGAGCAAAUGGACUACAAGUCCUGCGGCAACAUCUACAAGGGCCUGGCACAAACGGGAGCCUGGGGCUGCUUCGACGAGUUCAAUCGAAUCACCGUGGAGGUCCUGUCGGUGGUGGCGGUCCAGGUGAAAUCGAUUCAGGACGCGAUCAGAGACAAGAAGGACAAGUUCAACUUCAUGGGAGAGACGAUCAGCCUGGAACCGACUGUGGGCAUCUUCAUCACCAUGAAUCCUGGCUACGCUGGCCGCACGGAGCUCCCGGAGAACUUGAAAGCGUUGUUCAGACCUUGCGCCAUGGUGGUGCCCGAUUUCGAGUUGAUCUGCGAGAUCAUGCUCGUGGCGGAGGGUUUCCAAGAUGCCAGGAUUCUCGCCAGGAAGUUCAUCACGUUGUACACUCUGUGCAAAGAGCUUCUGUCCAAGCAGGAUCACUACGAUUGGGGCCUGAGAGCCAUAAAGUCCGUGUUGGUGGUCGCGGGGAGCUUGAAACGUGGGGAUCCUGGGAGACCCGAAGAACAAGUGCUGAUGCGAGCCCUGCGGGACUUCAACAUCCCCAAAGUGGUGUCCGACGAUCUUCCUGUCUUCAUGGGACUGAUCGCGGACCUGUUCCCGGCGCUGGACGUUCCCAGGAAGAGGGACGCGGAGUUCGAGAAGAUGGUGAAGCAAGCCGCAGCCGACUUGCAACUUCAGCCGGAGGAUGGGUUCAUCUUGAAGGUCGUCCAAUUGGAAGAACUGCUCGAAGUGAGGCACUCGGUGUUCAUCGUGGGAACCGCUGGCUCUGGCAAGACCCAGGUCUGGAAGACCCUGUUCAGGACCUACCAGAACAUGAAGAGGAAGCCCGUGUACAACGAUCUGAACCCCAAAGCUGUCACCAACGACGAACUCUUCGGGAUCAUCAAUCCGGCGACCAGGGAGUGGAAGGACGGUCUGUUCUCCGUGAUCAUGAGAGAGCAGGCGAAUCUGGGAGGCGAGAAUCCGAAGUGGAUCGUCUUGGAUGGCGACAUAGAUCCGAUGUGGAUCGAGUCGUUGAACACCGUCAUGGACGACAACAAGGUUCUGACUUUAGCCAGCAACGAACGGAUCGCUUUGACGCCCGUGAUGAGACUGCUUUUCGAAAUCUCGAACCUGAGGACUGCCACUCCAGCUACGGUGUCCCGAGCUGGGAUCCUGUACAUCAAUCCUCAGGACCUAGGCUGGAACCCCUACGUGACCAGCUGGGUGGAGAAGAGGAUCUCGCCGAUAGAGAAAUCGAACCUGGUGAUGCUGUUCGACAAGUACAUCCCUCCUUGCUUGGACACCUUGAGGACCAGGUUCAAGAAGAUCACGCCUAUCGCCGACAUGGCGCACGUGGAGAUGCUCUGUCACUUGUUACACUGUCUGCUGAAACCGGAGCUGACCGGCAUCGACUUCUUGAAGGAGCACUACGAACUCUACUUCGUGUUCGCAGCGGUUUGGGCGUUCGGCUCCUCCAUGUUCCAGGAUCAAACCGUAGAUUACAGGGUGGAGUUCAGCAAAUGGUGGGUCAACGAGUUCAAGCAGAUCAGGUUCCCGCAGCAGGGCACCGUUUUCGAUUAUUACAUCGACGCCGAGACGAAGAGCUUCACACCCUGGACCGAACGUCUGCCCAAGUUCGAGCUGGACCCUGAGAUACCACUGCAAGCAGUGCUGGUUUACACGGCGGAGUCCAUCAGGAUCAAGUACUUCCUGGAUCUCCUGAUGGUGGAGAAACAUCCGGUGAUGUUAGUGGGCACCGCCGGCUGUGGGAAGACGGUGCUGGUCGCCGAGAAGCUUCUACACCUGCCCGAGAACUAUGCCGUGUCCAACGUGCCCUUCAAUUUCUAUACCACUUCGGAGAUGCUGCAGAAGAUCCUGGAGAAGUCGCUGGAGAAGAAAGCCGGCAGGAAUUACGGCCCGCCUGGGAACAAGACUUUAGUGUACUUCAUAGACGACAUGAACAUGCCCGAGGUGGACGCUUAUGGGACCGUUCAACCGCACACUCUGAUUCGCCAGCAUCUGGAUUACGGUCACUGGUACGACAGGACCAAGCUGACGCUGAAAGAUAUCCAUAAUUGUCAGUACGUCAGUUGCAUGAACCCAACCGCCGGAUCGUUCACCAUUAAUCCGAGGUUGCAGAGGCAUUUUUCUGUGUUCGCUGUCAGUUUCCCCAACACCGACUCCCUGACCACGAUCUACGCCUCCAUUUUGUCCCAGCAUCUGUCCAACGUCGAGCACAGGUUUCCCCACUCGGUCACAGAGCUGUGCAACAACAUAGUGCAAGCCUCCAUCCAACUGCAUCAUCGCUGCGCCCAGAUGUUCCUCCCGACAGCGGUGAAGUUCCACUACAUCUUCAAUCUCCGAGAACUGUCGAACUGCUUCCAAGGGAUGCUGUUCAGCGGCAACGAGUGCCUGCCAUCCGCCCUAGAUCUGAUCAGGCUCUGGCUCCACGAGACUCAUCGGGUUUACGGGGACAAAUUGACCGACGAGAAGGACAUCGAAAGCUUCUCGAAGCUGCAGCUAGACAUCCUGAAGAAGAACGUGGAAGAGGUCGACGAGGGAGCUGUGCUAGAGAAACCGAACAUUUACUGCCACUUCGCAGGCGGUGUCGGCGAGCCAAAAUACAUGCCGGUGAGGGAAUGGGCGACGCUGCACAGACUACUGUCCGAGGCAAUGGUCAGCUACAACGACCUGGUAGCAGCCAUGAACCUGGUGCUCUUCGAGGACGCCAUGAUGCACGUCUGUCGCAUAAACAGGAUCCUAGAGUCGCCGAGAGGCAGCGCUCUUCUAGUUGGUGUAGGAGGAUCUGGCAAGCAGAGCUUGUCCCGACUGGCAGCGUUCAUAAGCACGCUGGAGGUGUUCCAAAUUCAGCUGAAGAAGGGUUACGGCAUCACUGAUCUCAAAUUGGAGCUCGCUGUUCUGUAUAACAAGGCAGGCUUGAAGAACUUGGGCCUGGUGUUCUUGAUGACCGACGCGCAAGUCGCCAACGAGCAGUUCCUCGUGCUGAUCAACGACAUGUUAGCUUCCGGCGAGGUUCCCGACCUGUUCGCCGAGGACGAAGUCGAGAACAUCAUUGCAGGCGUCCGCAACGAGGUGAAAGGUGCCGGGAUGCUAGACACCCGCGAGAACUGCUGGAAGUUCUUCAUCGACCGGGUGCGCAGGCAGCUCCGAAUAGUUCUCUGCUUCUCCCCGGUAGGAUCCACUUUAAGGGUCCGCUCGAGGAAAUUCCCGGCCAUAAUAAAUAGCACGGCGAUAAACUGGUUUCACGAAUGGCCGCAAGAAGCUUUGAUGUCUGUGUCGAAGAGGUUCCUGCAGGAGUUGGACGAACUUCCCGAAAGUUAUAGAGACUCGGCGGCGAAGUUCAUGGCACACGCCCACACCAGCGUCAACGCAGCCAGCCGCCACUAUUUAGCCAGCGAGCGUCGCUACAAUUACACAACGCCGAAGUCCUUCCUCGAACAGAUCAGCCUGUACACACGUUUGCUGAAGACGAAGUCCAAGGAGCUUCGCGGCCGAGUCGCCAGGUUGGAGAACGGUUUGGAAAAGCUCAGAUCCACCGCGGUGCAGGUGGACAAGCUGAAGGAGAAGCUGGCAGUGCAGGAGGUGGAGUUGCAGCAGAAGAACGACGCCGCGGACGCGUUGAUCGCGAUCGUAGGCGUGGAGACCGAGAAGGUGCAGAAGGAGAAGGCUUUAGCCGACGAGGAGGAGUCGAAGGUGGCGAUCAUCGCGGAGGAAGUGUCGAAGAAGCAAAAGGACUGCGAGGCGGAUCUGACGAAGGCGGAGCCGGCGCUGCUGGCGGCCCAGGAAGCUCUGAACACCCUGAACAAGGCGAACCUAACCGAAUUAAAGUCGUUCGGCUCGCCUCCAGGCGCUGUGACCAACGUGACGGCGGCUGUGAUGGUCCUGCUGGCACCAGCAGGCAAAGUGCCCAAGGAUCGCAGCUGGAAGGCUGCCAAGAUCGUGAUGGCGAAGGUCGACACGUUCCUCGACUCUCUGAUCAAUUACGACAAGGAGAACAUCCAUCCCGAGGUGAUCAAGGCCAUUCAACCGUACCUGAAGGACUCCGAGUUCGAACCCGAGUUCGUUAGGUCGAAAUCGGCGGCGGCGGCGGGUCUCUGCGCCUGGGUCAUCAACAUCAUCAAGUUCUACGAGGUGUUCUGCGACGUGGAGCCGAAGAGGAAGGCGCUGGCACACGCGAACGCCGAGCUCGCGGCCGCGCAGGACAAGUUGGGCGUGAUUAAACGAAAAGUUGCUUCUCUCGAGGAGCAAUUGGCGAAGCUGACGGCGGACUUCGAGCAGGCCACGGCCGAGAAGUUGAAGUGUCAGCAAGAGGCUGACGCUACGAACGCGACUAUCGCGUUGGCUAACAGGCUGGUAGGUGGUUUAGCCUCGGAGAACGUUCGGUGGGCGGACUCCGUCGCAAAUUUCAUGCAGCAAGCGUCGACCUUGCCGGGCGACGUGCUGCUGGUAACAGCGUUCAUCUCGUACGUUGGCUGCUUCACGAAGCAAUUCCGGCUGGAUCUACAGCAGAAGCAAUGGCUGCCGUUCCUGAGAGCGAUGGAGCCGCCAGUUCCGAUAACAGAAGGUCUGGACCCGCUGUCCUUGCUGACGGACGACACUCAGAUAGCCAAAUGGAACAACGAGGGCCUGCCGAACGACAGGAUGUCCACAGAGAACGCCACCAUCCUGACAAACUCGGAUCGUUGGCCGUUGAUGAUCGAUCCACAACUCCAGGGCAUCAAGUGGAUCAAACAGAAGUACGGCGAGGACCUGAGGGUCAUUAGGCUCGGUCAGAAGGGUUGCCUGGAUGUCAUCGAGCAGUCCCUGGCAUCGGGAUCGACCGUUCUAGUCGAGAACAUCGGCGAAACGGUGGACCCGGUGUUGGAUCCUCUGUUGGGCAGGAACUUGAUUAAGAAGGGUCGCGCGAUUAAGAUCGGCGACAAGGAGGUCGAGUACAACCCGCUGUUCAGAUUACUGUUGCACACCAAGCUGGCUAAUCCGCAUUACAAGCCCGAGAUGCAGGCGCAAACAACCCUGAUUAAUUUCACGGUGACGAGGGACGGCCUCGAGGAUCAACUGCUGGCGGAAGUGGUGAAGGCCGAACGACCGGACCUCGAGGAGCUGAAGGCAGAGCUGACCAGGCAGCAGAACGACUUCAAGAUCACGUUGAACAGCCUGGAGGACUCGCUGUUAUCGAGACUGUCGUCGGCUGGCAGCAACGUGUUAGGGGACACGUCGCUGGUGGAGAACCUCGAGACGACCAAGAGGACAGCGGCGGAAAUCGAGUCGAAGGUGACGGAAGCCCGCGGGACCAGCAAAGAGAUCGACGCUGCUCGGGAACUGUAUCGACCGGCGGCCGCCAGAGCUUCCCUCCUCUAUUUCAUCCUGAACGAUCUGAACACCAUCAAUCCGAUCUAUCAGUUCUCGCUGAAGGCCUUCAGCGUCGUGUUCCAGAACGCAAUCUCGAAGGCGGACCCGGCGCCGGACGUGUCCGGCAGGGUGAAGAAUCUGAUCGAGUGCAUCACGUAUUCGGUGUUCAUGUACACCAGCAGAGGGCUGUUCGAGUGCGACAAGCUGAUCUUCGCCUCGCAGAUGGCCUUCCAGAUAUUGUUGGCACGGAACGAGGUGACCACCGGCGAGCUGGACUUCCUCCUGCGGUUCCCCAUCACGCCCCACGUCACUUCGCCCGUUGACUUUCUCACCAACACCAGCUGGGGAGGGAUCAGGAGCCUGGCCAGCCGGGAGGAGUUUCGCAAUUUAGACAGGGACAUCGAGAGCUCGGCGAAACGUUGGAAGAAGCUGGUCGAAUGCGAGUGCCCGGAGCGGGAAAAGUUCCCGCAGGAGUGGAAGAACAAGACGACCAUCCAGCGUCUGUGCAUGCUGAGAGCGCUGCGACCCGACAGGAUGACCUACGCGAUCGCCGCGUUCAUCGAGGAGAAGCUGGGUCCCAGGUACAUCGAAGGCAGAACGGUGGAGUUCGCGAAGUCCUUCGAGGAAACUGGUCCAUCGACGCCGAUCUUCUUCAUCCUAUCCCCGGGAGUAAAUCCUCUGAAGGACGUGGAAGAUCUCGGUCGUCGGCUCGGCUACAGCUUGGACGACCAGAACUUCCACAACGUGUCCUUGGGUCAGGGUCAGGAGACCGUCGCGGAGCAAGCGAUGGACGAGGCGGCCACGAACGGCCACUGGGUGGUGCUGCAGAACAUUCACUUGGUGAAGAAGUGGCUGCCGCUGUUGGAGAAGAAGCUGGAAGUCGCCGCGGACGGGUCCCACGCCGAGUACAGGGUGUUCAUGAGCGCGGAGCCGGCCAGCACGCCCGCGGGACACAUCAUCCCCCAAGGGAUCCUGGAGUCGUCCAUUAAGAUCACGAACGAGCCGCCGACGGGGAUGCAGGCGAACCUCCACAAAGCGUUGGACAACUUCAGCCAGGAGACGCUCGAGAUGUGUAGCAAGGAGGCCGAGUUCAAGGCGAUCCUGUUCUCCCUGUGCUAUUUCCACGCGGUGGUCGCCGAGCGGCGCAAGUUCGGCCCGCAGGGCUGGAACAAAAUCUACCCGUUCAACGUCGGCGACCUUCACAUCAGCGUCAGCGUCCUCUAUAAUUACCUGGAGGCCUCGGCCAAGGUGCCCUGGGAGGACUUGAGGUACUUGUUCGGGGAGAUCAUGUACGGAGGCCACAUCACGGACGACUGGGACAGGAGGCUCUGCGUCUCCUACCUGGAGGAGCUGAUGCAGCCGGAUCUCGUGGACGGGGAGCUUCAGUUAGCGCCAGGAUUCCCCGCACCCCCGAACACCGAUCUCACCGGUUACCACACGUACAUCGACGAAGCGAUGCCUCCAGAGUCCCCUUACCUCUACGGCCUUCAUCCGAACGCAGAGAUAGGCUUCCUGACGAUGACCGCGGAGAAUCUCUUCAAGACCGUCUUCGAAAUGCAACCUAGGGACUCGGGGAGCUCCGGUGGGCAAACGGUGACUCGGGAAGAGAAGGUGAAGCAAAUAUUGGACGAAAUAAUGGAGAAGCUGCCGGACGAGUUCAACAUGACAGAGAUCAUGGGCAAGGUGGAGGAGAGGACACCGUACGUGAUCGUAGCGUUCCAGGAAUGCGAGAGGAUGAACUAUCUGACGAUAGAGAUCAAGAGGUCGCUUCGCGAGCUGGAUCUCGGUCUGAAGGGUGAGCUGACCAUCACGUCGGACAUGGAGGACCUGGAGAACGCGGUGUUCCUCGACCAAGUGUCUCCUGUUUGGGCUCAGAGGGCUUAUCCUUCUCUCUUGGGCCUCGCCGGCUGGUUCGUUGACCUGCUGCUGAGGAUCAGGGAGCUGGAAACCUGGUCCACAGACUUCGUCCUGCCGUCGUCGGUCUGGCUGGCGGGAUUCUUCAACCCCCAGUCCCUAUUGACAGCCAUUAUGCAGUCGACUGCCAGGAGACAAGAGCUACCCCUCGACAAGAUGUGUCUGCAGUGCGACGUGACGAAGAAGAACAAGGAAGAAUUCACCUCGGCGCCCAGGGACGGCGCUUACAUCCACGGAAUCUUCAUGGAGGGUGCCAGAUGGGACGUUCAAACCGGAAUCAUCGUCGACUCGAAAUCGAAGGAGCUGUUCCCAGCUAUGCCUGUGAUCAACGUGCGAGCGAUCACGCAGGACAAGCAGGAUCUCAGGAACAUGUACGAGUGUCCAGUCUACAAGACCAGGACCAGAGGACCCACCUACGUGUGGACCUUCAAUCUCAAGACCAAGGACAAGCCUGCCAAGUGGACCUUGGCUGGCGUCGCGCUGUUGCUUCAAACUUGAAUUCCUGUCGUCGAGAGAUCCAGUUGUCUAUAUCUUCGAGUCGAGCAAAAUGUUGAAUGUUGAUUGUUUCAAGAUUAUUAAAGUUCUCGAAAAAGAA